AUGCUCGGAAGAGCGGCUCGCUUCCUCCCACGUCCCUGCGUGCUUCUCCCCGCCCUUCGCUCCGCAUCCUACACCGGCGCCGCUGCCGCCGCUGCAUCCGAUGCCUCGGAAGAAGCGGCGGGCCAGGGUCAGGACCAGGCCCACGGUACUACUGCCGGCGGCGGCACCGCCGCCGCCGCGGAGGUGCUGCAGCGGUGGGGAUGCAGCGAGGAGGAGGUGGGCAGGAUCCUCGCUCGCCAGCCCUCCGUCGCCCGCAUGGACCCACUCUCUCUGCAGUGCAAGCUGCAGUCACUCCGCCGCGCAGGUUUGCAGGGGGGCGACCUCGCCCGCAUCGUCUCGUGCCGCCCGCGCUUCCUCGCCGGCCGCAUCGGCAACGGCCUCGACGCCCGCUUGGCCUUCCUGCGAACCCUCUUCCAGUCUGACGGGGAGCUGCUCCGCGCCGUGGUGCGGAACCCAUCACUGCUCAACUACGACGUGGACCGGACCAUGCGGCCCUGCGUGGAGCUCUACGAGCGCGUCGGCGUGGGGCGGCGCGAGCUGGGGCGGGUGCUGCUGAGCCGGCCGACGGCCAUCUGCCGCUCGGCGCUGGACGAGGAGAAGCGCGAGCUGAUCCGCCGCACGGGGUUACCUCGGGAGGCCGCUACAUACAAGUACGCCGUCUCCGUGCUCGCUGUGUCGCACCUGGAGACCAUCAGGGAGAAGAUGGCGAACCUGGAGAAGUUCGGCUUCUCUGCCGACGAGGUGCUGGCCCUCUUCGGCCGCACCCCCAACCUGCUCACCCUCUCCGUGGAGAAGGUACAGCGGAACAUGACCUACAUCGUGGGCACCAUGAAGCUGCCGGCUAGGGUCGUCCUCGAGCAGCCCUUCCUGGUCUUCGCCAACCUGGAGAGCGUGCUGAAGCCGCGGUUCCAGCUGGGUGGGAAGCUCGGGGAGAUGGAGCUGCAGCCGCAGGUGAGGGGCCCCCACCUGAUACGGGCGCUGAGGAUGACGGAGGCGCGCUUCCUCAAGCGUUUCAUCGACUGCCACGACAAGAAGCUGGCGGAGGAGCUGAGGGGCUUCUACCUUGGCGUGAAGGGGGUGAAGCGGCUGGCCGCCGCGUCCAAGUCCACUGCCCACAAAGGCUUCCCUUUCUAA